GUCAUUGAAAACUGCCCAGUGACUGGCAUUUGUGUGCGGACGGAUGACUUCGGAGUGCGGCGGGUGGCAGCAGUGGAGACAGAGCAUGGCUCCAUCCAGACACCCUGUGUGGUCAACUGUGCAGGAGUGUGGGCAAGUGCUGUGGGCCAGAUGGCUGGAGUGAAGGUCCCGUUGGUGGCCAUGCACCAUGCCUAUGUUGUCACUGAGCGCAUUGAGGGGAUUCAGAACAUGCCAAAUGUCCGAGAUCACGAUGCUUCUGUCUACCUCCGCCUGCAAGGGGAUGCCUUGUCUGUGGGUGGCUAUGAGGCCAACCCCAUCUUUUGGGAGGAGGUGUCAGACAAAUUUGCCUUUGGCCUCUUUGACCUGGACUGGGAUGUGUUCACCCAGCACAUUGAAGGUGCCAUUAACCGUGUCCCUGUGCUGGAGAAGACGGGGAUCAAGUCCACUGUCUGUGGCCCUGAAUCCUUCACACCCGACCACAAGCCCCUGAUGGGGGAGGCUCCUGAGCUCCGUGGAUUCUUCCUUGGCUGUGGCUUCAACAGUGCAGGCAUGAUGCUGGGUGGUGGCUGUGGGCAUGAGCUGGCUAAUUGGAUUGUGCACGGACGCCCAGAGAAGGACAUGUACAGCUAUGACAUCAGGCGUUUCCAUCAUUCACUCACGGACCACCCCCGCUGGAUCCGAGAGCGCAGCCAUGAGUCCUAUGCCAAGAACUACUCAGUUGUCUUCCCCCACGAUGAGCCACUGGCAGGACGCAACAUGAGGAAAGACCCCCUGCAUGAGGAGCUCCUUGGACGAGGCUGUGUGUUCCAAGAGCGCCAGGGCUGGGAACGGCCUGGAUGGUUCAACCCCCAAGAAACAGCUCCGGUCCUUGACUACGACUACUAUGGGGCCUAUGGAAACCAGGCACACAGGAACUACACCUACAGCAGGCUGCUGGGUGAUGAGUACACUUUCGACUUCCCACCCCACCACCACUUGAUCCAGGAGGAAUGUCUGGCCUGCCGACGGGCUGCAGCCCUGUUCAACAUGUGUUACUUUGGGAAGUUCUACCUGCUGGGGGUGGACGCCAGGAAGGCCGCUGACUGGCUCUUCUCAGCAGAUGUCAACCGACCCCCAGGCUCAACGGUAUACACCUGCAUGCUGAACCACCGGGGAGGCACUGAGAGCGAUCUGACCGUCAGCCGUCUGGCCCCUGGCACCCAGGCCAGUCCCCUGGCCCCUGCCUUUGAAGGGGAUGGCUACUACCUGGCCGUAGGUGGGGCUGUGGCCCAACACAACUGGUCCCACAUAACUACAGUUCUACAGGAUCAGAAGUUCCGAUGCCAGCUUAUGGAUAGUUCUGAAGAUCUGGGCAUGCUCAGCAUCCAGGGCCCAGCCAGCCGUACCAUUCUCCAGGAUGUUCUCGAUGCUGACCUGAGCAAUGAGGCCUUCCCCUUCUCCACUCACCAGCUGGUGAGAGCUGCAGGGCACCUGGUCCGGGCCAUACGGCUAUCCUUUGUUGGGGAGCUGGGCUGGGAGCUGCAUGUCCCCCGUGCAUACUGCUUACCAGUGUACCAGGCUGUGAUGGCUGCAGGUGCCAAGCAUGGCCUUGUCAAUGCAGGCUACCGUGCCAUUGACUCCCUGAGCAUCGAGAAAGGCUAUCGACACUGGCAUGCAGACCUGAGACCUGAUGACAGCCCCCUGGAGGCAGGAUUGGCCUUCACCUGUAAGCUCAAGUCUUCAGUGCCCUUCCUUGGCCGUGAGGCCUUGGAGAAGCAGCGUGCGGCAGGCCUCUACCGACGCCUGGUGUGCCUCACUGUGGAAGAGGAGGUGCCUAUGUUUGGCCUGGAGGCCAUCUGGAGAAACGGCCAAGUGGUGGGCCAUGUUCGGAGGGCUGACUUCGGGUUUACUGUGAACAAAACCAUCGCUUAUGGCUACAUCCGAGACCCCAGUGGUGGGCCGGUCUCUCUGGACUUUGUGAAGAGUGGAGAGUAUGCCUUGGAGAGAAUGGGGGUCACCUAUCCUGCCCAGGUUCACCUGAAAUCUCCCUUUGACCCUGACAACAAGCGGGUGAAGGGCAUCUACUGAUGUGCUGCAGGGUAGAGGCUACCGCUGUUCAGGCCAUUGGAAACCGCCACACUUCCCACACCCUGCCUGCCGACUCCUGUACUGCACAAAUGCCCUGUGUCCCGAGACCCAGGAUACAGGCAAAACACAGCCUUCCCCACCCUUAGCCUCCAUAUGAUCCUGCAAACCAUCCUAGCUCCUAAACAGGACUGAUAAACCACGGAGUUCCUCCUGCUCAUGGACCACACAGUGGCCUCCAAUCCACCGUAGUGCUCCCAAAAUGCACCCUACAGAUGUCUUAGCUUAAGGCCCCUGUGAGUAUCUCAGAAGAUGUAUGGCUUCCCCCCUGCUCCUCACUCUGGCAUACUGGCAAUGUGCAGCCUGAGCACUUGAAGAAUAGUGAAUCAGGGGACAGUGAGCAGGGAUUGAUGAUCAAUGUCUGCCACAGGGAUAGAAUGCAGAACACAGAGGUAUGUGCUGGACUGGUGCAGCCCUUCCUCAGGAUGGCUGCCUUUCACACCAGAGAGGAGAUGGGUAUUACAAAGUUCUUGCCUUAACCUUCCAGUUCAGCAGGAGAGAAAGCUGUCUGAGAGUCGCCCCCUGUGAUAUGGAGGGAACAUGGCUAGCCUCUGUCUCAGUUCCCCCUGAAGCAUUGCUAGUGAGUCCAGGGACACCAGGCUUCUGUUGUGCACAGCCCUGCUGUGGUGCCCCUUUGCAAGGACUUGUCUCUAUCACAGAUGCACCCUGUUCACCCCACCUUUGGUGAAGGGAGUGGCUCCUGUCACCUCCUGAAACCACCUACACCUGCCUGCAUGUCAGGAAUGACCCUGUCUCUUCCUGGGGUGAAUGUCUGUCACUUUUCUAUAGACCCAGCCAUUCUCUUCUGCCUCACACCCUGACUCAGAAAUCAGGAUGCUGUGACUGCCCGAACAAAGGUCACCAUGUAGCCUUACAUUUCCUGCCUUGUAGUCUAGGAGAGCAGGGGACAGAUGCUGUGGUGGUACAGAGCUGGAGCCUCCUAAACCCGAAGAAGGCAGCAGAGGGGAAAGAUGGGCACAGUUGUCCUGGGUGGGCUCUGACUCUUCACAGGCUCACACACCACACACUGAGCUGGAAAAGGACAAGCUAAUAAAAUUGAAAGCAUGGGAA